UCUAUAAAAGAGGCACAUGGCAUGUCUUGGCAGUUAGUCUGUAAGUGAACCUGAAAGGUUUCUGUCCUGAAGAGAGGAAAGCAAGUUGUCAUCAGAGAAGCUAAGCAGAGACAGAAGGGAAGACAAGCAAGCGAGUCGUCUUCAUGCAUUGCUUUCUUUCUCUUUUCCAGGGUUUUCAUUCUGGUCACAUCUGCUUAAUCUGGACUAGAGCAUUAAGUUACAGACUUAUUUCAGAUCAACUAUGAUGGUGGUGCAGAUGGGUCUGGACUCGUCCUCCUAUCUCUCCCUUUGGGGCUUAUGGGUUGUCUUCCUUUUCCAACCAGCCUCAGCCAUUAUGAUCCCCUGUCCCAGAGGUGGGAUGGUUUACAAGAACGGCUGUUUCGGCUUCUUCAGUGUCCGUCUGAAUUGGGAGAGGGCAGAGGUGGCAUGCCAGACGUUUGGAUUGAAUGGGCAUCUUGCCUCAGUUCAUGACCCUAGAGAGCAAAAGGCCAUUGCAAAAUAUAUUAAGCAAGUUAAUGUUGCUGGCCUACCUGUUUGGUUAGGACUGCAUGACGCCAAGAGAGGUUCUUCAAAACUGAGCCGACAGUUCAAAUGGACCGAUGGAUCCCGAGUCCCGUAUAUGCCCUGGAAUAUAGGAGAACCCGACGGCGGGACUUACGAGUUAUGUGUGGAACUGGGAUCUAGUGCAUUCGAUGUAUUGAAUGACCAGUCGUGUGAAAGACAGCAACCCUACCUUUGCAGAUUUGAAAUCUGAGUUGGAUAGAUAAAAUGCCAGCAUGCCUGACACUUUGGCCUAUGGGAUUGCUGCAUGGCAACCUCCCUUUUGUGAGCAUCCAAGCCUUUCUAGCUGACGAUAUUGCCAUAUAAUAGACCCAUGGAGGAUCUGUGGGUCAGCAGAUGAUUUUCUUUCUGGGCUGUGAUACAAAUUAAAUAUUCCUUUCCUAUUAUGCUUA